AUGGCGGAACCGGAGACCCAAACCGAGGAUGAGACGGUAACCAGCGAAAUCUCGGGGGAGGCUAAGACGGAGACCGACACCGAUGUAACGGAAGUCGCGACGAUCGAGAGCGGUGAUGAAAUAUCUACCAAAUACAGCGAUUACGAAAGCGAAAUGAAGCUUAGGAAGGAGAGAUUUUGGAUUGACAAGGGAUACGCGGAAUUGCGGUUGAAGCCUGAGCAGGAGAUAGCGUUGGACGUUGCGAGACUACCUGACGCGGAAGCCGUCGAGACGACACUUCCGCUUCGCGAGUAUCUUCCGCUCGGCGGUUUCCAGCUUGAGCAUCAGACUAGGACGACCGUUGGACCAGAUCGACGCAGGAGAACGCGAAUCUGGAGAAGCAUGAGAGGGAAACAGCCGACUAGGAUAUUUCGGAGGAAACCGAAAGAAGGAUGGAAAAGGCGCAGGGAUGUUUUUCCCCGCGACCCGCCGGACGAGGAGUUUCUUCUGCGCGAGCAGAAGAGCGACUUCGCUAAUCGCAAGGAGCUGGGCCAUGCACGCGCGCCCAUAUCGCGUCCGGAAUCGAAGCAGAAGUUAAUGGUAGAUCGCUCGGCUGGCAAACGUCUCGGUUUGGUAGACGGUGAAUAUGUCAUCCUGGAGCUGCCGUUCGAUCGUGUCUACGCCAAUGUGGUUCUUCACGGGCAAAAGGGUAUGCAUGCACGAGAGAUGUACCCGUCUCGAGAGCGCAGGAACACUUGGAAGUUCUGUUUCUACCAAGCGAUCGUGGCACUGUUAGCGAAAACUCAGCUAAGAUACAAAUACGUAUCGAGCGACAAUAUCGAUUACAUCUACGACCAUGCCUGGAUGCUUUACACCCACAUCGGCACGAUCAACGUGAAGGCGAGGCAACGGCUGGACGACGUCGUUGUGUACAACUAUAAAUACAGCGUCGAGAUAGAGUUGAUCGACAAAAUGGAAGAUGUCGUGGCGCGGGACUUCGACAUCUUCCACAAGGAGAAUGGCCUGGGGAAGAGGAUUCCGUUAACCAGGAAGGAUCUUCUGCGUGUCAAGGUGGAACUCGGUUGCGAGAAGGUGACGGAUUCCGGAUACGUGUCCGCGCACGAGAGCAUGAAACACUUCGAGGAGUGGCUCCUCAAACUGAUAGCGCAGUAUCGCGAUUGCAUAUUGCGCACGACCAGGUUCUCGCUGGCGUUCUGGCAGGACGGUCUUUUCUGGUACGUGUACAAUCCCUAUCGGUGCGACGAGUACGGGAUGUGGGACGAAUGGGGUUGCGGCGCCUGCAUCGUGAAGUUCUGCUCCACGGACUCGUUACGGAGACACCUGAUGAUCCUCAUGCUGAGAUGCCACGCCGAGGUGGCGUACGAGCGAGAUAAAGAUUUCUCCGAUAUCGGCGAAGACGAGCUGUACGUUCGUUUCGACGUUCAGCUCUUUCACGUGACUUUCCACUGCUGUCAGCUGGACAAUCUAAAGUUACUGCAACGGCGCGUGUCCAAGCAGCCGCGACGCGUCGACGACGAUCCGUCGUAUUCGCUCGAGAUCGAGGACCUGGAGGACGAGACCGAUCGUGAGGAAGAGGACGAGGAGGGCGAUCAGAGAGAGCCGAGGGAGAGAGCUACGUGGCUGAGGCGUUGCCGGGUGACGACCUGGGGCAAAUACGCGCCCGCGGACCGAGAGAGGCCAGACUCGGCCGAGAUCACUGCCGCUGACAAAGCGAGAUGGCAUCAGUACUACGUGGAGGAACCCAACAGACUGUUCUCCCUGUGGGGCGACGUACACCCUACCGACGAUAUGUUCGACGAGGCAAACCGCGGCAUGCAGGCGUACGCCUGUUACGUGGUGUGCGCCGGCAUGACCAUGAUCACGGCGCCGGAAUACUGGAGCCCGAACACCCUCGACGCGAUCGUCAUGUGCGGAGAUCGUUAUUACACGCGUAGCAAGCACGAGGCCGAGCUCAAGUCGGUCGACGACAGGUACGGUGCUGCGAGUCGCUCGUUCAAGUAUCUCUCCGAUCGCUUCGAGAUCGGCGAGAUUCUGUUCGAGGCUCGGAUGCUGCCGGCCGUUCGCGGCAGAUUGUACGACGAGUCGAGCGAGUGCCUGUGGAGAACGUUGGAGCGAGUGUUCUCGAGCUACAACUUCGCCGUACUGACGUGCGAGAGCGCCUGUCUGGGCCUCUUCAAGUUCUGCGGAGCGUACUACAUGUGCGACGUGAACUCGUUCGGCCCGCCGCUCUUCCGAUACGGCCACGGCGCCGCGUAUCUGCUGAGAGCCACGUCCUUCCGGAAAUUCGUGACGGUCCUGGUGUUGACCGUCGGCUCACCCGACCGCAGCCGAUUCAGCCUGAAUCCCAUCGAGAUCCUCAGAAUUGUCGAAAUGGACUCCGAGUCUCGUGCGAAGACGCGCGAGAGAAGACACCGUUUCCCAAAAAUGCCGGGAAAAUUGCCGAGAUUCGCGUCCGAUGGGCAAAAGAAGAGGAGAAUGAAAAAGUAG